AUGGUAAAUCCAUCAAUGGACUUUGUACUCAUUCCCAAGCUUCUUGCCAAGAGUCCCAACUUCAGCGUGGUUGGGACUCCUUCCACUCCAGUUCAGGGGCUCUCAGGGGCCCCGUCCCAUUUCCCUGGAGUUGCCAGAACAUCAAACUAUUUCAAUCCCUGUCCCCUCUUCUCUGCCAACUCUCUUGUGCCCCCUCCCGCAGGAUCGGGGACUGCCAAGGUAAGGGACUCACCUUGCGCCCCCGACCCGGACCGUCUCAAUCCUCCGAGGAUUCCAGCUCUGGGGAACAGAAGUGGGGAGUGGGGGGGGGGGGAGAGAAAGGGGGAAGGAAGGGGCAAAGAAGUGCUAACAGGACUGUACGUCUCUGGCCCUGCUCAUGUGACCGCGGUAGGAGGAGCUGGGCCAGGAGACAAAACAAACUCCCAUCGCCCCAGACUACCACGAAGUGGGGUACUGGGAGGAGGAGCUGGAGCUGCCUAUGUGGCCCUGGGGCGCAUCGUCAUGCCCGGGUCCCAGCUUUCCUGUUGCGUCUCGCUCUUAGUUCUCGGCGUGUGCCUGGGGCUGCGACCAAACCACCGGAACGUAUUGCUGAUCCUGGCGGAUGAUGGAGGCUUUGAGAGCGGUACAUACAACAACACUGCAAUCUCCACUCCACACCUGGAUGCUUUGGCACAAAGGAGCCUGAUCUUUCAUAAUGCCUUCACCUCAGUCAGUAGCUGCUCUCCAAGUCGUGCUAGCCUGCUGACUGGCUUGCCACAGCAUCAGAAUGGGAUGUACGGCUUACACCAGAACGACCAUCAUUUCAAUUCCUUUGACAAGGUGCAAAGUCUGCCUCUGCUUCUCAGCCAGGCUAAAGUUCGCACAGGUAUCAUUGGGAAGAAGCAUGUUGGACCAGAACCAGUAUAUCCAUUUGACUUUGCCUACACAGAAGAAAAUGGCUCCAUUCUCCAGGUGGGGAGAAACAUCACCCGCAUAAAGCUUCUGGUCCGAAAAUUUCUCGAGACCCAGGAUGACAGGCCUUUCUUCCUCUAUGUUGCUUUCCACGAUCCUCACCGAUGUGGGCAUUCUCAGCCAAUGUAUGGACCCUUCUGUGAAAAGUUUGGCAAUGGAGAGAGUGGGAUGGGGUGGAUCCCUGACUGGGUGCCGCAAACUUAUGCCCCAGAGGAUGUAAAGGUCCCUUACUUCAUCCCGGACACCCCAGCAGCCCGAGCUGACUUGGCUGCUCAGUACACCACCAUUGGCCGAAUGGACCAAGGGAUUGGACUGGUGCUGAAAGAAUUGAAUGCAGCUGGUUUCUUGAAUGACACCUUAGUGAUCUUUACUUCAGACAAUGGUAUCCCUUUUCCUAGUGGCAGGACCAACCUAUACUGGUCAGGCAUAGCAGAGCCUAUGUUGGUGUCUUCUCCAGAGCAUCGAAAACGUUGGGGCCAGAUCAGUGAGACUUAUGUCAGUCUCUUGGAUCUCGUGCCUACCAUCUUGGAUUGGUUCUCCAUACCAUAUCCCAGCUAUAGCAUCUUUGGUACCAAGGAAGUCCACCUUACUGGUCGCUCUCUCUUACCUGCACUACUAUCAGAACCAUCCUGGACCACAGUCUUCAGUAGCCAGAGUCACCAUGAAAUCACAAUGUACUACCCCAUGCGCUCUGUUCUCCAUCAGAAUUUCCAUCUAGUGCACAACCUCAACUUCAAGAUGCCCUUCCCAAUUGACCAGGAUUUCUAUAUUUCCCCCACCUUCCAGGACCUGCUUAAUCGCACCAAGUCUGGCCAGCAUACAAAUUGGUAUAAAGACCUCCACCAUUAUUAUUACAGAGAUCAAUGGGAACUCUAUGACAGGAAACAAGACCCUUGGGAGACCCAGAACUUAGCCACUGACCCCAACUAUAUGGAGGUGCUAGAAGUGCUGAAGUCCCAGCUGAUCAAAUGGCAGUGGGAGACAAAUGACCCCUGGGUGUGUGCUCCAGAUGGUGUCUUGGAAGAGAAGCUCUCUCCCCAAUGUCAGCCUCUCCAUAAUGAACUAUGAGCCUUUGCAUGGAGAAAAACGCUUAUCUUCUCUAAACCUGGCUUCCCUUGUUGAUAAUUGAGUGGGACCAAGGGAGAGCAUCUUUUUGUCCUAAAUCCUCAUUCCUGCUAAAUGAGGCUAAAUCCUCAUUCCUAGAUCUCUGACUGGACAUUAUUAUAGGGUCAGGCAAGCAAGGAGCAAGCCUCAUUCCCUGCACUGACCAUCCGGGUAUCACCACAGUAAUGUGGUUUGAGCACCACUACCAAUGUGCCUGACUUGUCGUGGGUAAGGAUGAGGUUGUUAAGAGAGACCCUAAUAGGCAGCAGAGUUACUAAAAGUCUUGGUGAAAGUCAGAUUGUGGGUCAAAAAGGUCCAGUUUUUUUCCUGUGGUUCUUGUACUAAAAGUUUGGAGGAUCUUAUGGCUCCAGAGCCUCUUAUAAGAUAAUUUUGAGGAAAUCUAGAAAUUUUUUUAAAAUGGAAAUUAAGCUCUAUUAUUUACAGCCAUUUACAGGCUUCUACAGGAUGAGGGAAUAUGAGAGGAAUCAGGUCUUUGCAUCUGCCUAUUGAGAUGAUUCAUAAAACUUUCUCAGGGUAAGAAGAUGAUGUAUUAAUUUUAAUAAACAUUCUUAGCUAGAGA